UCUUACUCCCAAAGCCCAACAUACAGCACUAAUGCUGUUACAUACUCUGGAACCUCAUACUCUGGCUAUGAAGCUGCAGUUUACUCAGCAGCCUCCAGUUACUACCAGCAGCAACAGCAGCAGAAGCAGGCAGUGGCAGCUGUAGCUGCAACUGCAGCAUGGACAGGCAACACCUUUACUAAGAAGCCCCCCUUUCAGAGUAAACAGCUGAGGCCCAAACAGCCCCCCAAACCUCCUCAGAUACACUAUUGUGAUGUGUGUAAGAUCAGCUGUGCUGGCCCACAGACUUACAAGGAGCACCUUGAAGGCCAGAAGCACAAGAAGAAGGAAGCAGCGUUGAAGGUUUCUCAGAGCAGCAGUAGCAGUGGUAGCGGUGGAGGAGCACUGGCCCGCAAUGCUCAGAACCAGCUCCGAUGUGAACUUUGUGAUGUUUCGUGUACUGGUGCUGACGCCUAUGCUGCCCAUAUCCGUGGAGCCAAGCACCAAAAGGUUGUAAAACUCCACACCAAACUCGGUAAGCCCAUUCCAUCCACUGAGCCCAGUAUGGUUACUCAGACAUCAUCCACCACGACAGCUGCUCCAAGCAAGACCACACUGGCUACUUUCAGCAGUUCCAGUACCACCAGCUCUCCAUGUGUGGCUACCUCCUCCUCUCCUGCCUCCAGCUCCUCCUACCUGAGGCCCAUUAACCUGGUUAGCAGCGGUGUGGCAGGUGUUAAGAGCCCCCAAGCCAACAGCCUUUCUGCUGCCAGUGCUGCUUCAGUGGGGAAAAAAGUCAACACCCCCAAGAUCAACUUUGUAGUUUGCUCUUAGGCUGCUGGCGUUCCGUCAGAUUCAUAAAGUUUUGGGAAUGGACCCUCUACCGCAGAUGAACCCUCGCUUCAGCAUCCGCAACAGCCGGAAGCGUCGUCGUGACAACAGCGAUGGCACAGACAGCUUCGAGGGCGAAGGCAAAAAAGACAAGAAAGAUUACGACAGUUUCUAAGCUUGCGUUAUGAAUUGAAUCUACAUACCAGCUGUACUAAAAUGUCGUAUGCUCGUCUCCUGUGUACUGGCUUCUUUGUUUUUAAGCUCCAGGUGUACCAGCCUAACUACAGCCUGACUUUGUAUGACACACACGUGUAUUGUUAUUAGUUGUAGAUUUCUUACCGUGAGGGCUGAGGACUCUGUGCUAGAUGGACGUUUUUACCUGACGUGCUUCUUACAAGAAUGAAUACAGCAGAGCUUGUGUCACUGCUCCCCACCUGUGUGUUUAAAGUGGAGCCGGACUGAACUGUAAUGUGGGUCAGAAGGAAGCGUGAGGAGAAAUAUCAAUGCCUUCAUUCAUCUGUACAGUUGCAUUCAGAGCUGGUCUGUGUUUUUGUUGUUAUUGUGAACCUUUUAUUUGGCCAACAGAUAUGUCAAAGUUCCUGUAUCCCUGUGCUUAAUGCAAGUGCUGUUUGAUGCUGUGGUCUUGUUACGUUUCAAUGCUAAUCUACACUUCAGAUGAAGACCUAUGGGAUGCAGCAGACUAUGAAGAAUAUUUCAGUGUUGAUAUACCUUUGUUAGUAGUGACAUUGUAAGCCCAGGUAUGUAGUUUUGUCUAUUCAUUUGCAUAUAUAAUAAGUAUUUGUGUAAUCUAUAGAUGUAAAAAGACAAGUUUUGAUUUGUGGAAAAAGUGGCUACGUUGACACUGCCGACUGUUCUGGCUUUUAAAUUAGUUUUCUUGUGUAAUGGGGAUUGUAUUGGCUUGCUUGCCUCAUACCUUGGUUAGGUGCUAAAUCAGUUCUGUCCUGAGGAAAAGGAAUAAAGAUUAUUACUGACUGAGA